CUUCCCUGCCCCAAUCCUUAACCAGUACGCUCUUCGCAUUUCUCUCUCUCUCCAACACUUCAUCUCUCUCUCCUCUCUCUACACACGACAGUACACUAAGAUCCACUAUGGAGAACGGUGAGAGUCGCUUGCUUGGAAGUCUCUCCACUUCCGCUAUACGCAAUUUGCUUCACAGAUCGCUUUCCGUUAAGCCCAAGCCGAACUCGAAAAACCCUAGAAGUCCUAAAUCAAACGCCGAGAACACUCCUCCGGUGGAUCCCAACGCCCAAUUCCACGAUCCGCCUCUCAGUCCCUCAGUGCCCAAACUAUCACCGUCCAAAUCGGUCACAUUGACCAGAUCGGACGGACAAGCAGAAGCAACCGUGCCUUCUAUGGAAAAGGCAGAAAUCAAUGGAUCCAACUGCCAGAGUGAAGGAUUUGCAGCUCCAGAUCCAGCUGUGAAGGUUUUUGUGAGAAUCCGGCCAUUAAAUGAUCCUAAAAGGGAGCCAAGUUGGGCAGCGGCUCAGGUUUCUCCGGAUUCAUUAAGCUUUGGGGAACGGAAGUUUAUGUUUGAUUCAGUUUUUAGUUCAAAUUCGAACCAGGAAGACGUCUUUCAGUUAGUUGGUGUACCUUUGGUCAAAAAUGCUUUGGCUGGUUACAAUACUACAAUCUUGUCAUAUGGGCAGACUGGAAGUGGUAAGACCUACACCAUGUGGGGCCCUCCAAGUGCUAUGGUUGAGGAUCCCUCAGGCAGCAGUCUCCAGGGCAUUGCCCCUCGCAUCUCCCAAAUGAUCUUUUCUGAAAUUCAAAGGGAGCAAAAGAACUUGGAAGGGAAACAGAUAAACUAUCAAUGCCGUUGUUCUUUCCUUGAGGUUUACAAUGAGCAAAUUGGGGAUUUACUGGAUCAAACCCAGCGAAAUCUUGAGAUACCAGAUGACCCCAAAAAUGGAUUGUAUGUCGAGAAUUUGACGGAGGAGUAUGUGACUAGCUAUGAGGAUGCAACUCAAAUUCUGAUCAAGGGGCUUUCAAGCAGAAAAGUUGGAGCAACAGGAACAAAUUCUAAGAGCUCUCGAUCUAAUAUUAUAUUUACUUUCAUUAUUGAGUCUUGGUGCAAGGAAGCUUCAUCAAAAUGUUUCAGUAGUUCGAAAACAAGUAGAAUUAGUCUUGUUGAUCUUGUCGGAUUGGAUGAAGAUAAACUUGAUGGUGCGAGUAGACAACAUGUAAGGGAAGGAAAAUAUGCAAAGAAGUCCCUGUCUAAACUUGGGCACGUGGUGAAGACACUAGCAAAUGGAACACUUGGAGGAUAUGGAGAUGUGCCAUACAGAAGCUCCUGUUUAACUCAUUUAUUGCGAGAGUCACUUGGUGGCAACUGUAAACUAGCUGUCAUCUGCACCAUCUCCCCAGACAACAUAAAUGAUAACCAAACACUGAAGACACUCAGAUUUGGGGAGCGAGUCAAAUCCAUAAGAAAUAAGCCAGUAAUAAAUGAAAUAUCAGAGAAUGAUGUUAAUGAUUUGACUGAUCAGAUUCGACAGCUGAAGGAAGAACUUGUAAGAGAAAAAUCUGAUGUAUAUAGUUCAGUUAAGAGUAAAAGUGGAUACUUUAGAGGGCACAAUGGGCGUGACAGUUUGAACCAACUGAGAGUAAGUCUUAACCGCUCUUUGAUACUACCAGACAUAGAUAAUCAUUAUGAGAAAGAAGUAGUUGUUGAUGAGGAGGAUGUAAGGGAAUUACGACAGCAGCUAGAUAAGUUGCACAGCCCAUCCGACAACAGAGAUUCCAUCCAGUCUUCUGGACAAGAGAGUUGUGAGACUGGCUUGACGAGCGAAGAUGAUAUAAACUUCCCAGAAGACACUGAAAUUGAAGAAAUGAAAUUGGAGAAAUCUUGUGAUCAUGUUGCAUUAGCAGGAGAUCUGCCUGGCGCCUUGAAUACUUCAAGGACUGCUGAUUCAGCACUAAGACAUAGCAGAAUGAUCAACCCGUCCCGACAGUCUCCAGUCCUCCAAGAGCCAACUUUGUCUGAGUCUCCUAAAAUUGCUAACUCCCAGAGGAAAAGCGUGGCCAUUUCAUCAACUAUUUUUGCAAGUCAGAACAAUGUCCCCGAAAAUCCCAAGGUAGAUGUUUCACAGCAGUCAAUUAAGCAAAGUCAGCACAUACAAUCUUCUUUGGGCUCGAGCAAGAUUUUCCCUGGCCCCACCGAGUCCUUGGCUGCUAGCCUUCGAAGAGGCUUGCACAUUAUUGACCAUCACCAGCGAAACUCUGCAUCAAAUAGGUCUUCAGUUAGCUUCUCUUUUGAGCACUUAACUUUGAGACCUUGUCCUGAAGUUGACAAAUCAUCAUGUUCUUCUGUUAAAACGUUAGCAGAGGAGACACCAUCUGGUCCUUUCCUUUGUGUGUCUUGUCGACAAAAACUUCAUAAUAAUUCGAAGGAGGCUCAGGAUAGCUUGAAAACGUGGAUUAUAACUGCUGAUGAUCUGAAGAGUCAUAGCAAAAGAACAGAUCAAGUUUCUGCAGUUGAUGGGAAUGAGUUGGCCAAAGCCACACAGAGAGAGAAGGAACUUGAAAUUAUUUGUAGAGAGCAAUCAGCUAAAAUUGAGCAGCUAAAUCAUCUGGUUGAGCAGUACAAACACAACAACACUCUCUGCUUGGAUGAAGAUGUUAAGAAUGAAAUAAUUCCAUAUGAGGAACUCAAAGUUAAAGAUUGUUAUUCCCUAAUGGAUGGGAACAAGUGCUUGAAGGAGAAUGACAGUGAAAAUUAUGAGUUGGAUACUGUGACAGAAAUAAGGGAAGUUCAAGAAGUGGUGCAUCAUAGAAAUGGGAAUACAUACUUUGAUAUGAAUGAAAAAGAAGAGUUUCUUAAGGAAAUUCAAAACCUAAGGAGCACGUUACAGUCGUAUACUGAUGCAUCUCUUGAGAAGUCUACUGAGAAGUUGAGAUCCUCUUUGUUAUCAAGAUCCUUUCAACUGCGAAAAAGUGUCGAUACUCAACAAAAUAGUGAGGACGAGUUGGAGAAGGAGAGACAAAGAUGUACAGAGAUGGAGAGUGACUGGAUUUCCUUAACUGAUGAGCUGCGCAUUGAUAUUGAGACUCAUCGUCAGCGUGCAGAGAAGGUUGAGAUGGAACUCAAGUUAGAGAAGAAAUGUACAGAGGAGUUAGAUGAUGUAAUUCAUAGGGCAGUCCUUGGGCAUGCUAGAAUUAUCGAACACUACAAUGAACUACAAGAGAAGUACAAUGAUUUGCUGGGGAAGAACCGUGCAAUCAUGGAAGGGAUAGCAGACGUGAAGAAGGCUGCAGCAAAGGCUGGAGCAAAAGGUCAUGGCGCUAAAUUUGCCAAAUCUAUGGCUGCGGAGCUUUCUGCCUUGAGAUUUGAGAGGGAGAAGGAGAGGGAAUUCUUGAGAAAGGAGAACAAGAAUCUCAAAGUUCAACUCCGGGACACUGCAGAAGCUGUUCAUGCUGCUGGAGAGCUCCUUGUCAGGCUUCGAGAAGCUGAGCAAUCUGCAUCAGUUGCAGAGGAUAAUUUCACAAAUCUUCAGCAGGAAAAUGAGAAGUUAAGGAAGCAAAUGGAAAAGUUGAAAAGGAAGCACAAGAUGGAAGUGGUCACCAUGAAACAAUACAUGGCGGAAAGCAGAUUGCCAGAAUCUGCAUUGCAGCCACUUUAUCGAGAGGAUUCUGAUGCUGCAAUCAGCAACUCGAUUCUGGAUGACGACCAAGCAUGGAGAGCGGAAUUUGGAGCAAUAUAUCAAGAGCACUACUAGGUCUGCAAGUUGAAUUUUUUCAUGAGAUUGAACCUGGCUUAUGCAGCAAUCCCAAUUUUAUUGGUGAGACCCUACUUGGGUCCAUUUGAUCACCAGGGCCGCUGUACGUCCUUUUCUUGUCUUCUUUUCUUAAAAAUUUAUGUUUUUUUUUAAAAUUUUAUUUCUGUUGUGUGCAUGCCUUAGAAAACAGUGUUCAUGCAAUUCCUUUUACUGAUAAUGAAGAUUACUUUUACA